GAAGCUGUUCUGAGCUGUGGCUAAGGCCUGUAGCUGCCUAGUGUACUGCUCUCUCCUCAUUGCUGCUGCUGGGCUCACCCAUCCCUUUCCCAGAUCUGUAGCAGCCUUUCCCGGCUUUAGUUGGCUCACUGCCCACUGCUUCUUUGCUGCAGCUGUGGGACUGCUUAUAGCUGAGCCUCUCCACUCAGUCACCCGUAAUUGUGUGCCCCUGAGCAGAGCCAGCAAGCAGGCAGCUUUCUCUUGGGCUUCUGCUGCAGCAGUGCUAUGCAACAACUGCCCCACCUGCUACUUGAGUGCUCCGGGUUCCUACCCCCAGAUACAUCAUCUUUGAUCUGAUAAGAUGAGCACAAAACCUGUUCUUGUAGUCCAUGGUGGAGCUUGGGCAAUACCAGAUGAGUUCGCUGAAAGAAGCAUCCUGGGAGUAAAAAACGCAGUUAAGAGUGGCUUUGCAGUGCUGGAAAUGGGAGGAAGUUCAAUGAAGGCUGUAGAAAUUGCUGUGCGGGCCUUAGAAGAUGAUACUGUGUUUGAUGCAGGUCAUGGUGCUGUACUGAAUGCUGAUGGUUAUGUGGAACUUGAUGCAAUCAUCAUGAAUGGUAAAACUCUCGCUGCUGGCGCAGUCUCCUGCAUCAGGAACAUUUCUAAUCCGGUGACAUUUGCUUGUUCAGUCUUGAAAAAGACACCUUAUGUGAUGCUCACUGGAACGGGUGCUAACCAGUUUGCUGAGAAGCUAGGCAUACCUCAAGUGCCUGUAGAAGAGUUAGUAACAGACCAUGCCAAAGCUGAAUGGGAGCAAUACCGCAAAUACAAGCAGACUGUCAAAUCACUUUUUAACACAGAAUUGGUUCAUGACACAGUGGGUGCAGUUGCUAUAGACUGUGAAGGUAACAUGGCUUGUGCAACUUCAACUGGAGGCAUCACAAAUAAAAUGGUUGGACGUGUUGGUGACACCCCAGUCAUAGGUUCAGGUGGCUAUGCUGACAACCUUGUUGGUGCUGUCUCUGCAACUGGUCAUGGAGAGUCCAUCAUGAAAGUCACUCUUGCAAGGCUUAUCCUCUUUCAUAUGGAACAAGGAGAUCCAGGUUCAAGUUCCUGCCCUGGAGCAGGGACUCAUGCCUGGAUGUCUUGCAUCCCAGGUAAAACUCCAGAGGAAGCUGCAGAUUCUGCUCUUCACUAUAUGGAGAAGAGAGUCCAUGGACGGGGAGGAGUUAUAGUUGUCAGCAAAACUGGAGAAUGGACAGCACGAUUCACCACCAAGCGGAUGGUGUGGGCAGGCAUAAAGGAAGGCGUGUUAAUGUAUGGCCUAAAUCCAGGAGAAACAAUUCAAGAAAUAAUUAAACCCUCCAAAUAAACUUUUUUGGGGAGGGGAUUUUUACAAUGGAUGUUAUUAGUUGGUGCUACAUGAUUCUUAAUGAAGGGUGUAUGUAUCUGGUAUCUUUGGACUAACUUACUUCAUAGUCAAGAAGAUUCAUAAAACAUGACUUUAUUACCUUUAAUAAAGAUAGUUUUCCAAAGGCAUUGUAUUUGGUUAUUUCAGAACUUUGAGCAUAUGCUAAAUGCUACAUGGAGUCAGUGUUCCAGAGAAGUGGUGUUUCAUGCAAAAUUCAAUAUCUCAACUGUAGUGAACAAACAAACAAAAUGUGUAUGGUAUUGUAUGUUUCAACUGCAACAUCCACAUCCAACUUGUGUUAUUUCAGUAAUGUGUGUGAUUUUUUUCCUUUUGCUCUCUAAAUGUAUCAUGUAUUGAUUGUUGUGCAUUUUUAGAAAAUUGUAAUGACAUGGAAAAGUUAAGCUUUCAAUCAAGUUUAUCCAACUAAGUCUUAAUAGCAGUCCCACAAGCAUAUUUUAAUGUAUUGUUCUAAAUACUUACCCCAAGAAUACAGAAAGCAGUGGAACUACUUUUAUGCCUUCCAAAAUAAGCUAUAGACUUUAUUUUCUUCUACAUUUGAAAGAUUGAAAUACCCUAUUUGUUAAAGCACUUCUAUGGUCCUUUCAUUAAUUCCUCCCAAACCCAGUGAAACGUAUUUUCAAGUAAACUGUCCCAAAUAAACCACUUUCUGUUAAAAACAGCAUUGCUCUCUUCAAGCAAUCAAAACAAGGUGGGAUUAAAAUCUGUUCCACAUAAUGUACAAAAUUCAGCAUUUAAAAACCAGCUUCACACAUAUAAUUGCAUCAAUACCUCCUUAUAACAGAAACCUUCAUGGGAAAAAGAGCAAAGCACAGACUCUAUUUGUUCAUCUCACAUAAAAUUUCCUUUUGGUCUGUGCAAUCUAUAUAUCUUCACAGCCUGCACUGCAGUGUGUUUUUUUACAUUGAAGAAUUAUCUGUCUUACCCAGUAAUGAGGUGCACUUUCACAAGUAUAUUGUAUAGAUUUUUGUAAGAGCACUUCAUUGGUUUUGUAAUCUUUUUUUCCUAAGAGCAGUCACCCUUUUACAGAAAUGUCCAAUACUUUGGACUACAGAAAUGUUCUGAGGCAUUCAAGUUUCUUCUAUGAUCCUCCAUACUGUAGAGUUUGAAAUGUUGCUAUAUCUUACUGGUUAUGUCUUGCCUCCCCACGGAUGUUUUCCAUAAACACUGACAGAUAUGAUAAAAAAGAAACAUUUUGCUGCAAGUCUUGGAUCACCUAAAAAUAAAUUAGCAAUCAGAUGCUGUCAUUUGUACUUCAGUUUUUUUCCUAAAUUGAAUAGCUUUGAUGUCAGCCACAGCAAUAUAGAGGUGACUUAUUCAAAUAAUCUUGGACAGCAGCAAACACAGAUUUAGCAUGUGAUGUUUUAUUUUUGCCACACCAACUUCAAAGGU